AUGAAAGAAAUGUCGCGGUACUUGUGGCCGAAGGACAGCUGGGGGGACAAAUUGCGCGUGCUGCUAGCCGUCGGACUGCUGGUGGGCGGCAAGGUCCUCAACGUGCAGGUGCCUUUCUUCUUCCGCGAGAUUGUCGACUCGCUGAAUGUCGACAUCGCCGCCACGGGAGGUACGGUAGCUACCGUAGCGGGGACCAUGAUCUUUGCGUAUGGUGCCUCCAGGAUAGGGGCUGUCGUGUCGCAAGAGCUACGAAACGCCGUCUUCUCGUCGGUUGCGCAAAAGGCGAUUCGGCGUGUGGCUACCAGGACAUUUGGGCACCUCCUGAACCUAGAUCUCAACUUUCACUUGUCAAAGCAAACUGGUGGCUUGACCCGCGCCAUUGAUCGCGGUACCAAGGGCAUCAGCUUCCUGCUGACCAGCAUGGUGUUUCACAUUGUGCCCACCGCGUUGGAGAUCAGCAUGGUCUGUGGUAUAUUGACUUAUCAGUUUGGCUGGGAGUUUGCCGCGGUGACAGCACUCACCAUGAGUGCAUACACCGCUUUCACAAUCUGGACAACCGCCUGGCGGACCAAGUUCCGCCGCCAGGCCAACGCUGCCGACAACAAGGCGUCCACGGUGGCCGUAGACUCGCUCAUCAACUACGAAGCUGUCAAGUACUUCAACAACGAAAAGUACGAGAUUGGCCGCUACGACAAGGCCCUUCACCAAUACGAGAAAAGCUCCAUCAAGGUCGCCACGUCGCUAGCCUUCCUCAACAGCGGACAGAACAUCAUAUUCUCCUCGGCCCUCACAAUCAUGAUGUGGCUCGGUGCCAAGGGGAUCGUCGCGGGUUCCCUCUCAGUGGGCGAUUUGGUUCUCAUCAAUCAGCUCGUCUUCCAGCUCUCAGUGCCUCUGAACUUCCUAGGGUCCGUCUACCGCGAGCUGCGCCAGUCCCUCCUCGACAUGGAAACCCUCUUCAACCUACAAAAGGUCAACCUCUCGAUCAAGGAGAAGCCCAAUGCGGCCUCCCUCGUUCUCCCCAAGGGUGGCGAGAUUCGCUUCGAUAAUGUCUCCUUCGGAUACUAUCCUGACCGGCCGAUCCUUAACAACCUGUCUGUGACCAUCCCCGCUGGCAAGAAAGUAGCCGUCGUCGGGCCGUCGGGCUGCGGCAAGUCCACUUUGCUCCGCCUCCUCUUCCGCUCCUACGACCCCCAGUCUGGGCGCAUCUUCAUCGACGACCAGGACAUCCGCGACGUCUCGCUCGACUCGCUGCGCCGUUCUAUCGGCGUCGUCCCGCAAGACACUCCGCUGUUCAACGACACUGUCGAGCUCAACAUCCGCUACGGCAACCUCGACGCGUCGCGCGAGAAAGUCUUAGAGGCUGCCCGCCGCGCCCACAUUCACGAUAAGAUCGAGUCGUGGCCGCAUGGGUACCAAACCAAAGUUGGCGAGCGGGGCCUGAUGAUCUCGGGAGGCGAGAAGCAGCGCCUGGCCGUCUCGCGACUCAUCCUUAAGGAUCCGCCACUGCUGUUCUUUGAUGAGGCCACCAGCGCGCUAGAUACCCACACGGAGCAGGCGCUGAUGUCGAACAUUAAUGAAGUGCUAAAGGAGAAGCGCCGGACUAGCGUGUUUGUGGCGCAUCGGUUGAGGACUAUCUACGAUGCGGAUGUGAUUAUUGUCCUGAAGGAGGGGCGGGUGGUUGAAAUGGGGAGCCAUCGGGAAUUGAUGGAGGGUAAUGGCCUUUAUACGGAACUAUGGAUGGCUCAGGAGAUGUCCAUGCAUGAUCAGAGCCUGGGCCGGUCUGAAAGGGAGGCGCCGGUACCAGUGAAAUAA